AUGGCCAGUCUGCUCAGGGCAGCAGCAGCCUGGGGGCAGUUCCCCUGGAGGAGUUACUGUUCCGGGGGAGCACAGGGCAAACUCAGCAAGGACUUCGUGGAGGCUCUGAAGGCAGUUGUGGGGCGCCCCCACGUGUCUACUGCUACUGUGGUCCUAGAGCAACAUGGGCGUGAUGAGUCGAUUCACAGGUGUCAACCUCCAGAUGUCGUGGUGUGGCCCCAGAAUGUGGAGCAGGUCAGCCAGCUGGCAGCUCUGUGUUACCGUGAAGGUGUGCCCAUCAUUCCAUUCAGCACAGGCACUGGGCUCGAGGGUGGAGUCUGUGCUGUGCAGGGUGGUGUCUGCAUCAACCUGACUCACAUGGACCGGAUCCUGGAGCUGAAACCAGAAGACUUCUCUGUGGUGGUGGAACCUGGCGUCACCCGCAAAGCACUCAACACCCACCUGCGGGACACUGGCCUCUGGUUUCCUGUGGAUCCAGGUGCAGAUGCCUCUCUCUGUGGCAUGGCAGCCACUGGGGCUUCGGGCACCACCACCAUCCGCUAUGGAACCAUGAAAGAGAACGUGCUGAACCUGGAGGUGGUGCUGCCUGAUGGGCAGCUGCUUCACACCGCGGGCCUGGGCCGUCAUUUCCGGAAGAGCGCAGCUGGCUACAACCUGACUGGGCUCUUUGUGGGAUCCGAGGGGACACUGGGCCUCAUCACAGCCACCACUCUGCGCCUGCACUCUGCCCCUGAGGCCACCCUAGUCGCUACCUGUGCAUUCCCCAGUAUCCAGGUGGCCGUGGACAGCACCAUACACAUCCUCCAGGCUGCAAUGCCUGUGGCCCGCAUUGAGUUCCUGGAUGAUGCCGUGAUAGACGCCUGCAACAGGCACAGCAACCUGAACUGCACCGUGGCACCCACGCUCUUUCUCGAGUUCCAUGGCUCCGAGCGGGCACUGGAAGAGCAGUUGCAGCGGGCAGAGGAGAUCAUCCAGUACAAUGGAGCCUCCCACUUAUCUUUGGUCAAGAAGGAGCAGUACAGCCAGCUCUGGGCCGCUCGGCACAAUGCCUUGUACGCGUUCCGGGCCCUCCGGCCGGGCUGUAAGAACUAUACCACCGAUGUCUGUGUGCCCAUCUCCCGGCUGCCAGAGAUCCUAGUGCAGGCCAAGGAGGACCUGAAGGCCUUGGGAAUCACAGGAUUCAUCUUUGGACACGUGGGCGACGGCAACUUCCAUUGCCUCCUGAUGGUGGACCCAGAGGACACUGAAAUGAUCUGCAAGGCUGAGGCCUUUGCAUACCAGCUGGCCAGGCGGGCACUGGCGCUCCAUGGGACGUGCACUGGGGAACACGGCAUCGGGCUGGGCAAGCGACAACUGCUGCAGGAGGAAGUGGGACCCGUGGGCAUGGAGACCAUGCGAAAGCUCAAGGCCGCACUGGAUCCCCGAGGCCUCAUGAACCCAGGCAAAGUGCUAUGACGGACUCUGAGCACUUGACCUACAAGCCCCUAGACGAUGGAACUUUCUUGGUGUGGGAAAGGAUCUUGAUAAUUCUCCUUGGGGUCUCCAAAAUAAACACUCGUGGCUAUCUGGAGAUGAGCAGACAGCACCUGUGACCAGCUUCCCAUGCCAUCCCCUACUCCACAUGUUCUCUGCCUUUUGGCCAGUGACACCUUCAUCCCUCAUCCCAGACCUGUCCUCCAACUCGUGCAGCCUGGGGAGAGGGUCAUUUUCAGGGACCCAGGUCCCUGUCCCAAUUGCUUCACCUGUGAGAACCCCAGGACCUGAGGACUUGCCCGUGGCCAACAGCACUCACGACAGAAUCCCCCACUGAACCCCAAACAGCUCUUAGAACACUCUGAGCAUGUUCUUUAAGAAGCUGCUACCAAUCCCUAGAAAUAGAAAUGAAGUUAUUCUCCCUGUACCAUGCCUCUCCAUGGUGUGAUGUAUUAUACUCCCAGCUUUUUGGCCGUCAAAGUCAGCAUCUGUCCACUGGGGAUCAGGCCUCUGCCUUGGGGUAUGAGUUUUUCCCGCCUAAGCCCACUAGAGGGCACUUGCCACCAUAAAUUCAGAUGCCACAGCCAUCUGCUAGAGCAGUUGACCCAGGACUCAUCUCUGCCAGGACUACAGCUCAGUCCUAGACUUCUGGGGUCAGGGAGGAGCCUGGCGUUCUGCAAGCCAAUCUCUAAACUCUCCCAGAAGCCUACUGUGUGGGUCCAUCUCCCUCUCCCUGGCCCUGCCCCUUAGGAAAGCUGCUGGCCAGCCAUUCAGGGGUACCCUCCAUCCUACCUCGCUUCCUCUCCCAAGCUACCUCUGAACUUUCCCAGACUCCAUCCCCUUGCCCCUACCCUUCACCGCUCCCCAUCAGCUGCUCAGGCCCUGGGUAGAAGAAGCCCUCUGUGGCAAUACUGGGCUAAGCCCAGAAUUUGCUCCUAUGUGACUUUUGUCCCCUGCCUGCCCUGGCUGGGAGCAGUAGCUGUGCCAAGGGGUGGUGUAUGGGCAAAUCUCAUGGGCUUCCUUCACAAACCACCCCAUCCACGUCAGCCUCACAUAUUCUACAGAGACACAGCUCACAAGACCCUCCGCCCAGGGGCAGGUGUCUCCCCUACCGGGCAGGGCUCUGUUCUGAUGUGCCUCCACU